GGUCCUGGAUCUGGUCCUGGUCCAUCUCCUCCAAACUCGUGUCCACCACUCGAGUGUUUCCUGCGUCCGACUGCCGCGGGGCUACUGCGCAUGCUCCUGACUACUGUGGCAUGCUGGGAAAUGUGGUUUCCGUGUCACAUUCGUCUAGCAACGCGCAUCCUAUUGGAGCAGCGGGAUCACGUGACGACCGCGCCUCGACCCGCCGACCAAAAUCUUCCUCCGCUCAGAAGAAACUAGUCCCGUUUUGCGGCCCCGAUCACGGGACUCUUGGGGGGUUUUGAGCUCUGGACUUUUACUGAUAAGGAAACACUCGUGUUUGGAGGAGAUGGACCGGGAUCAGAACCAGGACCAGAUCCAGGACCAGGUCCAGGACCAGAUCCAGGACCAGAUCCAGGACCAGAUCCAGGACCAGAUCCAGGACCAGAUCCAGGACCGGGGUCAGAACCAGGACCAGGAGUCCAGCAGCAGGACCAAAGCGGACUCUUCCUCCGCUGGUCUGCAGAAACAUAAAGCCAAAGAGAGAAAAAAUAGGAGGGAUAAAGUCCUCACCACUUCAACAGGUCUGAAGGUCCGAAAGAGGAUUCAUACUGAAGAGAAGCUGUACACCUGUGAUCAGUGUGGGCGAGCUUUUACCACGUCAAGUAUUUUAAGGUGUCAUCAGCGUAUCCACACUGGAGAAAAGCCGUACAAGUGUGAUCAGUGUGGGGCAGCUUUUACCGAACAAGGUCAUCUAAGGACUCAUCAGCAUAUCCACACUGGAGAAAAGCCGUUCAAAUGUGAUCAGUGUGGGGCAGCUUUUACCCGACAAGGUAGUCUAAGGCGUCAUCAGCGUAUUCACACUGGUGAUAAGCCUUACAGAUGCGAUCAGUGUGGGACAGCUUUUACCCGACAAGGUAGUCUAAGGCGUCAUCAGCGUAUUCACACUGGUGAUAAGCCUUACAGAUGCGAUCAGUGUGGGACAGCUUUUACCGAACAAGAUCAUCUAAGGCGUCAUCAGCGUAUUCACACUGGGGAUAAGCCUUACAGAUGUGAUCAGUGUGGGGCAGCUUUUACCCAACAAGGUCAUCUAAGGAGUCAUCAGCUUAUUCACACUGGUGAUAAGCCUUACAGAUGUGAUCAGUGUGGGGCAGCUUUUACCGAACAAGGUAGUCUAAGGCGUCAUCAGCGUAUUCACACUGGAUUUAAGCCUUACAGAUGUGAUCAGUGUGACGCAGCUUUUACUCAACAAGGUCAUCUAAGGCGUCAUCAGUGUAUUCACACUGGGGAUAAGCCUUACAGAUGUGAUCAGUGUGGGGCGGCUUUUACCCAACAAGGUCAUCUAAGGAGUCAUCAGUGUAUUCACACUAGAUAAAACAUUUUCUGUGAUCAUUGUGGGGCAGCUUUUACUCAGAGAGUUCAGUUAAAGGUACCAAUUUAGACAUGUUAUGUUGUUCUGAGAGAAAAAAAGAAAUCUGGAGUUUUGUUUUCAGUUUCAACUGAAAAAUGUGUUUAUCUUAAACUUGAU